AUGUUUAUGAUAAUUUUCUUGUUUGUAAUGGAAAGUAUUUAAGAAUAAUGUGAAGCAUAUGGUGUUAGAUUAUUUUUAGGACAUUAUUAUACAAGCUUAAAGAUUGAUACAGAUGCAUUAAGAAUUGUAUUCAAUACAAAAGUAUAAUUUAAAUUAUUAUAUAUAGAAUAUAUGUAAUAAUUAGUUUUAGUUAUUCAUCAAAGGUGAUCUAGAAUUUAAUAUUUCAAAUUAUAAAACAAAGUUAUUAAAUAUGACAGAUGUGUAUAUUGGUACUAAAGCUAAUAUAGAAUAUGAAACAUAUAUACAUACUUUCUAAAUUCCUAAAUAAUUAAGUUCAAUAAUAUUAUAUACUUUGAUUAGAAAUGAUACUAUAAUUAAAUAAGCUCAAGUAAAAUUGCCUCAUCUUUAAUAAGAGAAAACAAAAGUAUUAUUUUUUGGUGAUAUGGAUUCAAGUUGGGUUUAUAAUAGAUCUAAGUAAACUUUUGAUUGGUUUGAAAAUUAAAUAAAACAAAAAAUUCAAUUUGAUAGUUUAAUUUUCACUGGAGAUAUGGCAUAUAAUCUUGAAUCAGAUAAUUGUUAAAGAGGAGAACUUUGGUUAAGUAGAAUCAGCUUAUUUACUUCAUAAUAUCCUUUUAUGAUAACACCUGGAAAUCAUGAUAGUGGCUAUAAUCGUAAAUAGAUAUUUCUUCGAGAACACUUUGAAAUGCCAUAUCAAAAUAUGUAUAAUACUUAGGAUUAUGAAAAUUAUUUUUAUAGCUUUAAUAUUGGAUUUGUACAUUUUAUUUAAUAUGAUCCUGUCAAAAUUAUUUACAAAGCAGAUCAAAAUAACUUAAUAAGAGAUCAGCUUUUGCUACAAUUUAGAAAUGAUUUAAUUACGGCUGUGUAAAAUAGAGAAGAAGUACCAUGGAUAGUUGUAUUUACACAUUAUCCAAUAUAUUGUAAUUUUAUGGAUGAUGAUCAAUGUGUUAAUAAUUUUAAAUAUUUGGCAGAAUUUGAAAAAUUAUUUAAAGAAUUUCAUGUAGAUUUAUAUGUUUCUGGUCAUUAACAUAAUUAUUAAAGAAAUUAUCCAUAUUAUUAAAAUGAUUCAGCUUUAUUUGAAAUGGAUGGAAAUAUCUAUUAUAAUUAUGAAAGUCCAAUUACAAUUAUAGAAGGAGCUGGAGGAGCAGAUUAUGGUCCAGAAAUUAUGAUUCGUAAGAUUAUAUAAUAAUUUAGUUGAAAAUAAACCAUAUACAGUUAAAUAGAUGGACCAAAAUGGUGUUGGUCUGUUGUAAGUGAUGAAUAAAACACAUUUGUAAUUCUAAUAAGUUAGAGUUUCAACAAAUGAAAUUAUUGAUGAAUUCUGGAUAAUUCAAAAUAGAGAUACUUAUGAUAUAGAUUAUUUUAACUUAGAAAUUUGGAUUAUUUUCCUAAUAGUUGGGAUUUUAAUUUUUUUAUUGAUUCUAAUAUUAUUUUAUUUGUUUAGACGUCUAAAAUUAAAAUUCAAUAAAUAAUACUUACAUGCUACAGAUUUUAUUGUGUGA